AUGGAGGGAAACAAGGACAAAGACAACACCGACAAUGCUCCCCUUAGACCCGUCUCCUCGCUCCUCUCGCACUUCGAAAACCUCUCCCAUACUAGAUCCUCUUCCGCCGUUGCGCCUAACACCCGUGACUCGUCUCUCCUAAAGAGCCCCGAACCGCGCGAUGACGAUCCCCGCUCCCAUUUCACUCGUGCCUCCGUGGACUUAUCCCGUCCGCGCUCGCCUUGGACGCCGCAGCCGCAGCACGCAGAUGCGCAGCAGAGUGAUCAAUUAUAUAGGCAUAGGACGGGGGGGUUUGCGAAUGGGGAGGCAUCGCGUGCCAACGGUUCCCCCGGUAGACGACAUGGCCGUCCCAUGUCAUUGAGUUUCCGGUCUUCGCCGCAGUUAGGUCCUACGUUGACGGUGGACUCGCCCCGGUCUCCGCCGCGGGGGUUCGUUGAAUCGCCAGAGGAACUGGCCGAGGACGGGCACCGAAUUUCGCGCAGUCCGCUGGGUUUAGGUGUCGAUACUGGUGCGGGUGCCUCUCACGAAUCGUUACCCCCGCGGCCGUCUCGCAGCUCCGUCGCUUAUCGUCCCGGAUCACCCAAUUCGACCGUUCCAGGCAGUUUGUCUCCCGGGGAGUUACAUUCGGCGAGAUUCACGAUGCGGGAGAGUCCGUCGGAUCGGAAAGCAAAGAGUGCUUCCUUGCCGCCGCCGGCCAACCGCGCCGACAAGCCCAAAAUUCCGGCGAAACCUGCCAACCUGGCGUUACAGGAGUCGAAUAUGCUGGCUGCUCCCAGGGCCAAACGGGCUUCGUCUGAUCUUCGCGUGUCGCCGUUUAGUACACCUCCGAGUAGUCCGGAGAAAUCGCCGCCCAAGGCUAUCCCGCCUCGUCCUGAUCGAUUGGAGACAGAAUCUCCUUCCCAGCGGUUGUUCAAUGAAGAAAGGACAGCGUCGCAGGAUGCGCGGGAGCUUGGGUUCACGCGGAGACCGCCCCCGCCGCAGCGGGAACCUUCACGAGAUACGAAACCGUUGAUGGUGCAGAUUCCAACCGGCCAGCAGAGACAAGCAGAACCGUUAUCGAGCGUGCCGCAUUCCGCGCAGAGAUUGCAGGCGACUAGUGAUUUGCCAUAUGAUCGUCCGGGACUGCCACCUCGUGCAUCGGUACAGAGUCGCAGGGUGUCUCCAUCUAGACAGGUGCCCGCGGAUUUCCCGGUGACGUCCCCUCAUCAGCCACCUCCACAACCCCGACGCCCAUCUCCUGGACGUCAGCCUGUGCAGAGUCGGUCACCAUCCAGACAAAUGUCGAACGCAGAGUACCCGUCUCCUGCACACCAACAACCUCCGCAACCACUUCUCCCUCGACGCUCAAACCCAUCUCCAUCGCGACAGAUGCCAAAUGCUGAUUUUCCUAUAUCUCCUCGACCGCUCGAAACUAUUCCUCAGCAACAACCCCUUGCUCCUCAGCAGCCUGCACGCCCAUCUGAACUCCAUCUCCAUCGUCAGCCCUCUUAUUCCCGCGAAAACAAACCAUCCUACGAUCGUGGACAACCACCUCCACCACCUCAGAACCCUCCGCAACCUCGACCCCGCCCUGAUACGGAAGACGAGGAGGAUCAGUAUCCUAGCCAGCCAACUGUUACUCUAACAGACUAUCCCGAUGCCUCGAAUGCGAAUCGAAGACCGCCUGUUAUCAAGAAUGGACCGAAGGAGAUUCCUACGAGAUAUGAUACGCGCCUCAUGGACGUGUGCGGGAAAUACGUCUGCACGACAGGUUACCUCACACGAGUUUGGGACUUGACGAACGGCGAACAAAUCAUGAGUCUGAGCCAUGGCGAGACAGUUAAGACUUUGUCUAUGGCAUUCAAGCCCGGCGCAGGCCUCGAAGAUGAGGGGAGGCGGUUAUGGCUGGGUACGAAUACCGGAGAGCUCCACGAAGUCGAUAUCGCAACUCGUGCAGUAGUCGCGUCGAGAUCAUACCCAUCCCGUCGUGAGGUGAUCAAGAUCCUGCGACACAAGAAGGAAAUGUGGACGAUGGACGAUGAGGGCCGGCUACUCAUCUGGCCGGCUGAUGAGACUGGUGUUCCGAAUCUGCAAUACAGCUACCACAACCCUUAUGAUCGGGUUGCACGGGGCCAGACAUUUUCCAUGGUUGUGGGUGAUGAACUUUGGCUGGCUACUGGUAAAGAUGUUCACGUGUACCAACCAUACGCGCGCGAUGAUGCUUCUUUCAAAGUGCUUCGGAAACCACUUGUAUCGCAGAAUGCAGGCGAGGUUACAUCCGGCGCGUACACUACUAAGAACGGCGGACGGGUGUAUCUUGGACAUGCGGAUGGAAAAAUCAGUGUGUAUUCUGUCAAAGACUACGCAUGUCUGGCCGUUGUCAACGCGAGCGUCUACAAGAUCAACUGUUUAAGCGUUGUCGGGGAUUAUCUCUGGGCGGGCUACAAGACUGGUAUGAUCUACGUGUACGAUGUGAAUUCGAACCCGUGGACAGUGAAGAAAGACUGGAAGGCGCAUGAUAGUCCGGUUUCUAGCUUCAUUCUGGACACGAGUAGUGUGUGGACGAUGAACCGGUUGCAGGUCACGUCGCUGGGCACGGAUAAUUGUAUUCGGUUGUGGGAUGGGACGCUGGAGAGCGACUGGUUGGAAUCCCGAAUGCAAAGCAGAGACGUUGAAUUCUGCACGUUCCGCGAGAUGCGAGCUGUGAUUAUGACGUGGAAUGCUGGGGCUUCGACGCCGGGUAGUGUGCGCACAUCGACUUUUAUUCAAGAUGCGAUUCAUCCCGAGGACCCGCCGGGGAUUCUGGUGUUUGGGUUUCAGGAGCUUGUUGAUCUCGAGGAUAAGAAGAUCACAGCCAAGAGCCUGCUCAAGAGCAGCAAAAAGAAAGAAAAGAAAGAAGCCGGCGAGAAGGAGCAUAUGAGUCGUCAAUACCGGGUAUGGGCUGAGCAUUUGACACGAUGCAUUAACGACUGCAUGCCGCUUGACGAGUCGUACGUGCUGCUUCACACAGCAAACAUGGUCGGUCUUUUUACCUGUGUCUUCGUCCGACACAAAGAGCGCGAGCGCAUCAAGAACGUCCGUGCCGCAGAAGUAAAGCGCGGCAUGGGCGGAUUACACGGCAACAAGGGCGCCUUAAUCCUCCGCUUCGUGCUCGACGACAGCUCCCUCUGCUUCGUAAACUGCCAUUUAGCAGCUGGUCAAACGCAAACUGCCCACCGCAACAACGACAUUGCCGCCAUCUUAGAGGCAGAAUGCCUCGCCAGCGAAUCCAGCCUCACAACCCGCGCAGACCACUUCGUCAGCGGCGGCGACGGCUCCAUGGUCAUGGACCACGAAAUCUGCAUCCUAAACGGCGACCUCAACUACCGUAUCGACUCAAUCCCACGCAACGUCAUCAUCGACGCCGUCCGCCAGAAUAACCUCCCCAAGCUCCUCGACCGCGACCAACUCCUCGCCUCGCGCCGCAAAAACCCAGGUUUUCGGCUGCGCUCGUUCAACGAGGCGCCAAUUACCUUUGCCCCGACGUACAAGUAUGACGUCGGCACAGACGAAUACGAUUCCAGCGAGAAGAAGCGGUCUCCCGCGUGGUGUGAUCGCGUUCUAUAUCGCGGGUUGGGGAGGAUAAAGCAGCUGGAUUACCGACGGCAUGAGGUCCGCGCCUCAGACCAUCGGCCUGUGAGUGCGUUUUUCAAAUUACGCAUCAAGACUGUUCUACCGAGUGAGCGCGCUGCGACGUGGGAGUCUUGUCAGGCGGAAUUUCAGAAGGAGAGAAAGAGGUUGACGUCGGAGGCUAGUAUCGAAUACCUCAUCAGCGUCCUCGGGACAGAACCCAAACAGGCGCGCGCGCUGAUCCUGGGCAGCGCAUGA